UUAUCUUGUCCACGCGCUUGCGUUAUCCUGUGAGGGUUGCAUAGCCUCUGGUAAGAGAUAGAUAGAGAGAGAGAGAGAGGGGGUAGGUUGAGUGUCGUUGAACUGCAAUGGCCGUGACUAUGAAUGUAAAUGAGUCAUCGUCAACGACAACGACUACUGCCACUGAGAUAGACGAAGCUAAGAAGGCGGCGUCGUUUUGCUCGGUACGCGGUUGGGGAAAUCCUCAAACGCCGUUUGCACUCCCAUUCCGCCGUUUCGGAGCUCCAAGCUCCAACGCCUCUCCAAACAAUCACAUCAUCAACAUUCCUGAAUUGCGCAGGUUCAUGAGCGAUGCUGCGCAUGACCUCAUCAGAUUCGCUUCUCAAAACUCCGUUGUCAACAAACUCAUCUCUCUCCACUCCCAAUUCCAGAGCAUAUGCCUUCAGAUUCGGCGUAGUAGCUUGAAGAGCAUGGGGUCGGUGAGUGGUAGUCACAAUUUCGCAGCUGUUUUGCCUGGCGGUGACUCGGUGGCGGGUCUCGUGGUUUCUAACGGAAUCCUGAAUUUCUUGAACAUUUACAAUACUUUGCUCGUUGUUAGGCUUGUUUUGACCUGGUUCCCCAAUUCUCCUCCUGCCAUUGUUAGCCCUCUCAGCACCAUAUGUGACCCAUAUCUGAACAUAUUCCGUGGACUCAUUCCCCCUCUUGGAGGAACACUGGAUCUCUCUCCCAUCCUAGCAUUCUUGGUCCUAAAUGCAUUCACCAACACCGCUGCUGCACUUCUGAUGUUACUACUUUUGCACAAAAGAAAUGGUUGAGACGACUUCAAGGGAACAACAGGUCAAAGAGCUCUGAUCGUGUUAAUUAGAAUAUAAAAAUAAAAUAUUUAUUUGUCCCUUUGGCUGUUUAUGAAUUAAUAAUGUACAUUGGUUUCUGAUUUGUUCCCAAUCUUUGUAGUUCUAGGCAGCACAAUUUUUGAGCUUGUGGUACCUUAGAUUUGGAGAGUUAUUUUAGGCCACUGGUCAAAUCGCACUGGUAUAAUUAUAAAGCACCAGUUAUAUAUUUCGGAGUAAUCAUACUAUGUCAUUUAUUUAAAUUCUGUUUGUAUGUAUAUAUAUCCACAAUAAACCUUUCGGCAA